AUGGUCAAGCUAGACUACGACCGGGAUUACUAUGCAGACCUCGAGCUGACCGCGGCGGCGGACACUGCUGAGGUCAAGAAACAAUUCAAAAAACUAGCGCUCAAAUUCCACCCUGACCGCAACCCCGGCAAGGAGGACGAGGCCAAGGAGAAGUUCCUAGUUAUUCAGUCCGCCCACGAGAUCCUCACAGACCCAGCCACCAAACUAAAAUUCGAUGCCUACCGACAGCGGACGUCGAGGUACCCGGGGCCGUCCGGAGUCCGGGGCAACCCUUGGCAGUACGCUGCGCACGAGGUUAACCAGAAGUACGGCGCUCCCCCAAGACGGCCUCAGAUGCCAACGCGGCCGCCCGCGCCGACAGCAGCGGCGUCGGCAAAACCCUGGGAUUGGGCGCAUAAAGCAAAAUCCAAGACGGACACUACGAGGCCGAAUAUGGAAGCGUGGGACCGCGCGAGACCGCAGAGCAAACCGACCCAGCCCGGCCCUACAGCAGCUCCCGGGCCCAGCGCACGCCCGCCCAAGCCGCCUCCAAGGGAGCCAUCCGCUGCACGGACGGCGUCGCAAGCCAGGCGCCAAGAGGCGGCAUUCGGGAGAAAGGCGGGAUAUGUCCCGGGAUCGCCCAUGGGGGACGAACCGCCGGUCAGGAACCAGCACUACAACAGCGCCAGCGCGAAUGCUCCCCAGGCGAGCAAACCCCGGCCAGCAUCUGCCUAUGUCGAUCCACUGAGUUCCCAGUUUGGCGACACAUUCCUCGACAAUCGCCAGCGCACGCCGUACGCCGCUAAUGUCGGCGAGAAGACCAACCCGUUCGAACCGCUCAAUGUUAACCGCGCUAAGAGCAUGAGGGAUGGGGCAAGGAGGUUCCAAGACGGCGCCGAAGACGCCCCCCCGCCCCCGCCUCCUCGGCAGCGGAGCGCGAGCACGGGCUCGGAAAACCUUAAGAGGGCGGCCACCGAGAACCCAAGCCCCAGCGAGCAGAGCGCCAACCCCGGGUUCCAAUACCAGUCUCGCGCAAGCGCCCGGUACAGCCGCGCAGCGACGGUGAACGGUUAUGGCUCGGAUCAGCAAUCAAGGAAUGGCACCAAAGUGUAUGGCUCUCCUUUUUUUACCAACCCCCUCAACCUCAAUACGAUGCGUUCCGCCGGAUUAAAUCCCAAAACAUCGCACUCGAGUGGCCGUGCUGGUGUGGGUUCGGCACCCCUGAACAUGUUCGACUUCCCAGCCUACAGGGUUGCAAGCACCGUUCGUCCAUCUCCCAGUGGAGAGGGACCAAGUCCUACCGCCAAUGCUUUUGAGAGGACAUUGCAAGCGCAGCUACAACAUCUUCUACGCACGACGGGGAUGCCGGCCCAGACUACAAUGCCACCAAAGAGGAGAGAGUUCACUAGCAAUCGGUAUACUAAAGGCGUCUACCACAAUAGUUUCACAGUCCCUAACGAUGAUCCGAACGCCGCGGCUAACCACACCCGCUUCAACCGAAACAGCGCCGAUAAUAUCAACACGCGGUUUGUAGCGGAGGAGAAGGGAGGUCCUAACUUUCAGUUCAGCGCGGGCGCGGCAGGGUCGGCAGACGAUGGUUUCACCCGGGCGAAACAGCGCGCUCGGGCCGGGCAACAAUCCCCGUUGAGGAACGAGUUCACUGCGUCGGCCGAAGCCGUCAAUAAUGGUGCCCAACAGGCCGAGCCCGCCAAGAAGCAGGGCGACUUUGUACCCGAGGAAUGGAAGGAGGCGUUCGGUCCUCAUGUUUUUGUGCCUCCGCAGCCUGGCAAACCAUCGACUUCACCCACGCGACCCCUACGGCCGAUUAAGAAACCACGGCCGGUCCGGAUGACGGCGGGUACAGCGGGGAUGGUGGACGAGGAGGAGACCAGCGGGGAGGACAAGGGCAAAGGGGCAAGCACACCAUCCUCUGGGAUUAACGGCAACAAGAGUCCAAAUGCCAUGGACAUCGACACUCCGCCUCCCGAGCCCGCGGACGGGCAAGCCAACAUCCCCCGGAAUAUCCACGUCGAGCCCACAAAACCCGAGUGGCGGCCAGGCAACGGUGCCACCGCCGAGCCCAAACCCAACACAGGGCUCAAGGCCCCCAAACUCACCCCGACUUCAGCCGGCUCCGAAGACGCCGAAGACUUCGGCCGCCCCGUGUUCUCUGAAUUCCGAAACGUCGAACCCUUCGCUCCGCCGAAGCCCUCCGGUCUAGGCUCCUUCGCAGAUCUCGGCUCCAACCUGCCAUUCCCGAGCCGGCCCUCGGCCAAGAUCCCGCUCGCCACCCCAUCUUUGCACCCACACCAGCAGCCCCGAGAAGCCCCCGGCCAAGCAUCUCGACAUCCCCACCCCGCCGCCUACAUGGGGCUGUGGUUCGAGUUCAACCGCCGCGUCACCGACCACUUCGCCGCGCGGCAGCGCCAGAACGAAGGGAACGGCCUCGCCUGGCUGAAUACCGUGGGCGAUGGCGGGGUCAGCGAGUACCUGAAGGCUGUCGAGGUGGAUAAAUAUGUGCGGCAGAAGUGGAUGGCGGCGUGCGAGGCGCAUGAGCUGCACUUUAGGGAGUUUUUGGGGGUGCGGGAGAGGAUUUUGGCGGGGAAUUAA